AUGGAAGUUCUGGAGGGAAUACCUUUUUUCGUUUAUUUCUCCAGCAAGCUGUUCUACGGCGCCAAUGAGAUCGAUGUGAAAGUGCCUUCAAUCCCCAAACUCCUGAUCAAGGAGGUUUUGAACCCCUUCUAUAUAUUCCAAGUGUUCAGUGUGGUUCUCUGGUCCCUGGAUGAUUAUUAUUUCUAUGCCUCUGCCAUCCUGUUCAUGUCCGUGUUGUCGGUGUGCUCCUCACUCUACACUGUGCGACGGACCUCUCUCUCGCUGUGCUUCUCACCCCUCCUCUCCUCCUCUCUGCUCCUCAGCAAUUCGUUCUGCUUCAUACCCGUGUGCUGCCUCAGCGUUCUCUACGGGCUGAUUGGCAGGAAGCUGUGGAGACGGCAGGACCGCUGUCACCGCGACCGGAGCCACCGGCAGACCGUCAAGAUGCUGGCGGUCAUCGUCCUGGCAUUCGUUCUUUGCUGGCUCCCCUUCCACAUUGGGCGCACGCUGUUCUCGAUGUCCGCUGGAACCUCGGAGAUGUACGCGGUGAGCCAGCAUCUCAACCUGGUCUCCUUCGUUCUGUUUUACCUGAGCGCGGCCAUCAACCCCAUCCUGUACAACACCAUGUCAGCGCGCUACCGCACAGCCGUGUGCAAGCUGCUGGGCCACCACAGGAGGGCGCCGCGGUGCUCCAGGAACUCCACCCCUCCCUGGGACUCGGAGACAAACCUGUGAGGAGCUGGGACAGCGCCGCCGCCUGCUGGCUGUGGGGGUGUGUGACAGCCUGGAAUUGAGUUGGGGGAAUAUAUAUAAGAAAUGAAAGGUAAAAUUUCAAGUGUACGGGAAAAUAUUCUGAGAGCAACCGUGGAAGCAGUGGAAUGACGCCCCCUGCUAGCUG